AUGGCUGCAAAUGAUGAGAGUGGUGAUGGGAACGAUGUUCACAUUAACCACGACUAUACAAGCAAUGCUGAUAUAAGUGGUGAAUAUACUGCAAAUGAGAACGGACACUCCGACGCUGGUACGGUUGGAGAUGACGACAAUAAACAAAAGAUCGAUAGAUUUGUGGACCAGGAUGAUCUAGACUUACAGAACGCCAUUGGUGAUGUGUUUGGGCAGUUUGAUUUCGGCCAAUUGGGCGAAGAAGUGAAGGACGAGAUCAGUGGUCCAGUCCAGCAGGGAAAAGACGAACACGAACAUGAAGACGAACACCGUCAUGAUGAUUCCCAAGAUGAGCAAUUGCAAUUAGAGCAUGGCCAUAUACGGGAUGGCGAAAUAAAGGACUACUCUGCUAGUAGGCAGCAAGAGGUGCAAGAUGGGCCUUCUGGCGGUCUCGAAGAGCACAGAAGCAUAGUGCAAGUGCAAGAGCAAGACACUGAGGCUCACGAUAAACACCCUGAUGAACCCCCCGAACAGGAAGGGACCGCUGGUAGCGAAGAUGUGGAGGGGAACCACACCAACUCAGUUGAUGAUGACUUUGAUUUGUCGGCUGCAAUUGGAGAUGCCUUUGCGAUGGUCAGUGGUGAGCAAGAUAGUGGAGAAGUUAAGGAAGAAGUCAAGGAACGGGGUCUGACCGACGAUGUAACUGCAUCGCAUCACCACUCAGAUCAAAGUGAUGGUGAGCUCGAUCUUGAAGCGGUUAUCGGAAAUGCGUUUGAAAGCUUAACGGGAAACGGAGAGCAAUCCAAUCCUGAAGAAGGUGACACGAACAAGGAACAUGUUGAGAUAACCAAACCAGCAGCUCUGCAAGAAGAGGAGCUACACUCUGCUCCUAACAAAGAACCUAGCUCACACCACAUUACAGCGCCAAUCCCAGUAGUAGUAAACUCCUCAGGAUCCUUUCUUCACGAAGAUUUAGACCUCGAAAGUGCCAUUGGCGAUGCUUUCAAAGAGAUCAAUGAAAAAUCACACGAAGAUCCAACUGUUCACGAUCUUGAUCAAGAGAAUGAUCACCGUGGUGAGGAUAACCACGAUCUUGGCCACCUGAACUUCAAUGAGCAUAAUCACGAACACAGUCAUGAUCACGAAGAAGACCUUGAUCUUGAGAACGCGAUUGGAAAUGCCUUCAAGUCGUUAAGUGAACAGCAACCAGAAGAGAAUCAUUCACAAACUGUUACUUCUCAAAAUGAACCUCCUCGACCCAAACAGUCAAAUCUGAGUCUCCCAAUAUCGGAUAACGGCAAAACUGAAGAGGAAAAAGAUUUGGACAUUGAAAGUGCGAUUAGUGAAGCAUUUAAGUCCGCAAUUAAGCCAUAUGAUCCAUCUGCUGGCAGAUUAACAUCAAAUGAACAACCACAAUCACUUUUACAACAACACACAGAGCCUCAGUCACAAUCUCUUGCCGGAGAUUUGUCUUUUGUUGUUCAAAACCUUGUGAGCCAAAUAUCAAACAAUAAUGAAGCGAUUUCUACUUCUAAUGCUAGCCAAAAUAAUAGUAUCCCGGAGGAUAUUCUUCAAGAACUAGCCUUAGAAAUCACUAACCAAGUUCAAGACCAUGGUAACCAAAACAAAAAGAAACAACCUCAAUUGUUAACCGACAUGCCACAAAUUGAUGAUAAUGUCUUGGCUCAUUUCCAGAAUGAAGCUUACAAAGAUGAACAGGGAAAAGACGAUACGGGAAACACGUCUGGUAAAAUCGACAGUAAUAGUUUGCAAGCAGCAUUAGCAACUGUAGUCAGGAAUGCAAUUGAAAGCAAUUCUACCACAUUGGGAGAUAAUAAUGCUAGGCAAAGAUCUAUUUUAGGCGUGGACCCUACUAGGCGAAGAGAUUCCAUUACUUCCAAUGUGAAUGAUGGCACUGUUGGAGGUGGAGCCGAUCUUGAUCAGCUUAGAAUGAAUGAUAUCCUUCAAAAUGCUUUUAACAUGGCUAUGGAAAAUCCACAAGAUUUGCUUCUGAACUUGGAUAUGGACGAAGAGAAUUUGGCUAAUGCCUCAUCUACAGGUGUAGCAGCUUCCAACUCGGCGGUGGCCGCUGCAUUAGCUAAGCUUUCGCAUCCAAUACCUUCUUCUACAACAACAUUUUUAGAAUCUUUAAAUAGGAGUCAAGACAUUGAGUUGGGUGGAAGUAACAAGAGAACUGAAAGAAUAGCAGCAGUUGCUAAGAAUCUUAUGAACGCAAUAAGUGACAAUGGAACUGGUAAUGGCAGUGGAGAACGAAAGAAAUCUCUUUCCAUUGCAGAAACUCUAGCACUUCACAGAUCUUCAAUGACCGGUGGACCUAGAAGGGAUUAUUCUUCUAUAGAAUCGAUCGAAGAAGUCUUGAGAAGUGAACAACAAAGGACCGGAUCAGUUUCUGCAACAGCUGGCUAUCCCAACAAUCCAUACAUGUCUCUUGUGAACAACAGUCAACUUUCCAAUGCGCUUUCAUCAUUAUCUUCCCAUAUUAAUUCUGGAAGUACAGGUGGAGAAACCAAUCUACUUAAUGUCAUCAGGCAAAUGACGAACUCAUUAUCUAGCAAUAAGUUACAAGGAUACACCUUCCUUGGUAGUACUAUCGGUUCCGGAGCACAUACAAGUGCGAAUGUUCCUACGGCCGAAGAAAUUGUAGCUAGUUAUAAAGAUAAGAGUGAGAGUUUACUGGUUAUGACCCAAUCUUUGCAGCUCGCGAAAAACUUUCUUGAGAGUAGCCAGUCCAUUGAUUCUGAUAAUCAAGCCAUCAGUGUGAUUGAUAAUGUACUUGGUUUAUUCAACACGAAAACCAGUACCAAUCAGUUUGAACCAAUUGUAACCAGAAUGGAAGCAGUUGACUUGGCAGAUUUAAAACCUGAUGCAAUUUCUAGUAUCAGAGAUUCUGUGAUAUCUUCUGUAUCAAAUUUCACCAAUUCAAAGCACUGGAGGAUGUCCUCUCUACUUGGAGAAAAGCCAAAAAGUGAUACGCCUGAGUAUAAAGAAAGAAUUCGUAUGGAAAAUAGGGAAAGAAAGAAAAGAUGGAGAGAAGAAAAUGCAGAGAGAAACAAGGAUAAUGAUCUCAGAUCUAGAGUUUUGAAACGUGCUUCUGCUAUGUUUGGAGAUCUUGACUCCUUUGAGAAGAAAUCGUGGGUAGAUGACGAGUUCAACAAAAGGCGAGAAAAGAGAAUAGCAAAGCAAAAGAAGGAAGACCAAGAGAGAAGAUCUAAAAAUGAGUAUUUUGGUGAUCCGGGUGUGGAAAAUGGUAGCUCUAAUGGCUCUACUGGAGUGGGUAGUGCUGCAAGUGGAGAGGGCAACAAAUCUGAAGAUGACAACCCAUUAAUCCAUGAUCUGAUUCUUGUCAAAAACGUAACUGACACAUUUAAUAUACUAUCAGGUAGCACUUCCAAGGUUGAACCUUCUGCAGCAUUAGCUGCAACAUCUGUUGCCACGGCCACUAUUGCAGCUUUGUACGCCAAAACUCAUGGAAUAUUAGACUUACAGCAAGUUUCUUCUGCUGUUUGUAGUAUUUUAUCAUCUUUGAUGGAUAAUACAGGGCAGAAAGAGAGGUUACUUAGCUUGUCAAGGGGUAUUUCUUCUAAUUUCAAGUCUACAAGAGCCAGCAAUAAUUCAUUUGAAAAGUCUAGUGGCAUUACCAGUCCAAGCGCUACAACCCCCGGGGAAGGACUCUUAAAUAAGAUCUCGUCAACUAUAAGAAACUUUGCAUCUCCAUCUUCAAAUGCCAGUGAUGGGCUGAAUAUACUUGAUUUAGAGAAUAUGAAAAUAUCUACAACAAAAAGAAAAUCAGUCGACUACCUUGGUUCAGAUCCUAAGAGAUUGGCGCGGUCGGUUUCCAUAGGAGAUUCUCGAAAGUCUGUGUUCGAACAAGCCAGCCAGUUGUUGAAUGCUAAUCCGAUGAAGAUGCCUCAAUAUAAGAAGCCAAUUACUCUCCAGGAACAGGAAAGUGAAAAUUCGAGUGGCCAAUCUGCUCUAUCAAAUCUGUCAGCUCAAUCUGUACUGUCUGCACUUACGAACUCAACAACUUCCAUAAAUACUGAUAUGUACGAGAAGACAACUCCUACUCUUACUGCUCCAGCAGUUUCUCCUUUCAUCUCAAAUAAGGUAGCUUCAUCUGCAUCACAAGUAAAGCCACCUACACUUGGGUUGAGAAAACCUGGAUCUUUCCAAAGACCUGCAUUUUCUAAACCAGAGCCAAGGAAAUCUGGAACUGGCAUAGGAUUUCCAUCAUUAUAUUCGGCUUCAUUUAAACUGAAGUGA